AUGGACCUGAGUUACAAUAGAUUUUAUGGUGAAAUCUCACACAACUGGGGCAAGUGCACACAACUAACCACUCUAAAGAUUGUUGGGAACAAUAUUUUUGGUCGCAUACCACUUGAAAUUGGAGACUUAGUCCAACUCCAAUUACUUGAUCUUUCUUCUAACCACUUGGUUGGGGAGGUUCCAAAGGAAUUUAGAAAGUUGACUUAUUUGUCGAAGCUAAUGUUGAAUGGCAAUAAACUUUAUGCUGGUUUACCCUUGGAGCUUGGAUCAUUAAUAAAUCUUGAGUAUCUAGAUCUAUCCACUAACAAGUUUGGUAAGGAAAUCCCGAGAAAUAUAGGGAACCUUUUGAAACUAUAUUACUUGAAUACGAGCAACAACAAGUUUAUCCUAAAUAUUCCAGUCCAAAUGUGUGAAUUAGCUCAUCUGUCCCAGCUAGAUUUGAGCCUUAACUCACUCGAAGGAGAGAUACCUUCACAAAUUAGCAAUAUGCAGAGCUUGGAGUUGUUGAAUGUAUCCCACAAUAACUUCUCAGGUUUCAUUCCAACUACUUUUGAAAAGAUGCAUGGCUUGUCGUCUGUUGAUAUAUCCUACAAUGAGUUGGAGGGUCCUCUUCCCAAUAGCCAAGCAUUUCAUGAUGCUCACAUUGAAGCAUUACAAGAUUGGGAAUUCAGCGUACUUCCUUACAUUAAGAAACUCACAUCCUUGUGUGAUGGUAAUAUUUCACAACAAAAAGAGUUCUUAAAUGAGAUAAACGCAUUAACAGAAAUCCGACAUCGAAAUAUUGUGAAAUUGAAUGGCUUUUAUUCACAUUCACGUUUCUCAAUUUUCAUUUACGAGUACCUUGAAAAGGGUAACUUGGCCUCAAUUUUGAGCAAUGAUGGAGGAGCUAAAGAAUUGGACUGGAAUAAGAGGGUGAAUAUAAUCAAAGAGUACGAGGCUCAUGUUUCAGACUUUGGCACAACUAAGAUUCUUAAUCAAAACUCAUCCAAUUGGACUUCACUUGCUGGCACAUAUGGAUAUUUUGCACCAGAGCUUACUUAUACAAUGAAGAUAACUGAGAAAUGCGACAUGUUUAGCUUUGGAGUUUUGGCUAUUGAAGUGAUCAAAGCAAUUAUUAAAGGAGAGAAGCAGAAGACUGUUGUGGCUUCGGAUUCUAGGCCUCUUGCCAUUGACAAGUGA